UCUCUCACAGUUUGAUCCCUCCCGCGCCAAACUGAGGUCCGGUCUGAUCAUGGCUCGACCAAACUACCUAAAAACGGUCAUAGUCGUCUCAGAGGUGAUCAACUGUUGACAUCUUCGGCCGUCAAAUCACAGUUGACACUUCUGCGACCAUCAGAUGCAUCACAUCCUGUACACUGGAGGAUUUUUACUGGGAAGCACCCACCAGACAGCCUGGCGCAAGUGUUGCUCGAGUUUUGCCAAGAUGAUGCGGGCAGUGUGUGUUGACGUACCAGGAGGACCAGAGAACCUGCUGCUGCGGACUGUCCCCAGACCUCAACCUAAAGACGGAGAAAUCCUGGUUAAAGUUCAUGCAACUGCCCUCAACAGGGCAGACUUACUACAGAGGCGAGGGCUGUACCCGCCUCCCCCAGGUGAGAGUGACAUCAUAGGCCUGGAGGUGGCUGGGACUGUGGAUACUCUGGGCCCUGGGGUGAACAGAGGCUGGAAGCCAGAUGACAGGGUCAUGGCAUUGCUCUGUGGAGGAGGAUAUGCAGAAUACGUUGCUGUGCCUGAGGAGCUCCUCAUGCCUGUUCCCCCGACUCUCACACUCUGCCAGGCUGCUGCGAUCCCAGAGGCCUGGCUCACUGCUUUUCAGCUGCUGGCUCUCAUAGCUCAGGUGAAGGAGGGUGAGGUGGUGCUGGCUCAUGCUGGAGCCAGUGGAGUGGGAACAGCCGCCGUUCAGCUGGUUCGUCUGUUUGGUGCCGUGCCCAUCGUUACUGCUGGGAGCCCAGAGAAGCUGAAGAUGGCUGAGGAGCUGGGAGCAGCGGCCGGGUUUAACUACAAAGAGAAAAGCUUCGCGCAGGGAGUUCAUGACUUUACAGGAGGCAAGGGAGCAGACGUCAUACUGGACUGCAUCGGGGGGUGUAACUGGGAGCAAAAUGUGAGCUGCUUAGCCACUGAUGGCAGGUGGGUGCUGUACGGCACCAUGGGUGGCAGGGCAGUAGAGGGAGAUCUUCUGGGCAAACUGCUCUCCAAGCGAGGACACUUGCUCAGCAGCCUCCUCCGCUCUCGCAGCCUGCAGUACAAAGCGGACCUGGUCAGCGCUUUUUCACGCAGAGUAUUACCGUAUUUCUCAGACCGGGCCGCCUCCUUGAGGCCAGUGAUCGACAGCACGUUCACCCUGGAGCACAUCGCAGAGGCCCACAGGCACAUGGAGGCCAACAAGAACACGGGGAAGAUUAUCGUUGAUGUGAUUCCACAGAAACAGGAAACUCAGUGAUGAACAGCUGCAGUGGUUUUAACAGAAAUGUAAUUGCUCAGAAAUGUGCAUUUGAUUUAAGUCAAGGAAUCUUACAACAGUGUUAUUUGAAAACUACUUGUCUCACACGAAUGUUGAUCAUGAUUUUAAAUAUAAUAGUUCACAGGUGAUAUUGCAGUGCAGUUUCUUCUGUACUGUCAUAAUAAAACUGAUUCAGGAACACUCACUUCUAAAUGUUUAUUAUCAGUAUUGUGUUCAUGCUGGAGAUAGAGAGAGGAUCCACACAUGGAGUUAUAGUGUUACUUAGUACACACCUUCACUGACUGUUUAAUUUUUUUUUUAGUUCAAGUUCAUGAAAUAAAAAGUAAUUGCACAUUAACAUUUGAAUAAAGGCUCAAUUGUUUAUGUCUG